AUGCGUAGUCGGUACACAUUCAGCGAGUCCCAAUCAGAGAUACUACAAUCGGCAUUCAGUCAGGCGAAUUAUGUGACGAACAAAGUACUCGGUCAGUUGGUGGAUGAAACAGGUUUAACGCCGUCGAGGAUAAAGGCAUGGUACGAAUAUCGAAGACGACUGCAAAAACGUAGGAAACUCGAGGUACAGUCUAUACUAGGCACAACCGACCUAGAUGCUCCCAAUCGAAACGAACCGCAGACAACGACCGCUUCGAGCGUAAAUAUGAAUAAAUCUUCCGACGUUGUUUUCGGAUUUGUUCCGAACGAGGAGCAGAUACAGAUUGCACCUUCUGUCGACGCAGUGGAGUCGUCUGAUAUUAAUGUUGAAUGCACUUUAUGUGCAGUCGCAUCGCAUGAAAAUCUGUCUUUGAACCAACCCACGUUACCGUCCAUUUCAUCGAUGUUUCCGGAAAUUUUCAAUGACCAGUACGAUUACAGUCUCCCUCCCAACGUUCAUCCGAUCGUUCUACCUACGUAUCGUUAA